AUGAGCUUCGGCCUCGUGUGCGCCGCGGACGACGCGCGCGCCUGGGCGGACCUCGACCCGCGGCUGUUCGAGCGGUACAUGGUCGAGAGCCGCGCGCGCGGCGAGGUCCUGCUGCACGUCUCGCUCAAGCAGCUCGUGAGGGCGCUGCAGAAGCACUCGGGCGACGCGAUCGCGCUGCGGCUCGCGAAGAACGCGCGGGCGGCGCCGCAGCUCCGCCUCGCGUCGCAGAAGCGCAGCGUCGUCCUCCGCGCGGCCCCGCGCGGCAAUCGAAUGUCGGGACGUCGUUCCCACGACCGCAUCCUAUCGACGGCGUGGUUUCCGCGCAGGCACGGACGUGCCCGUCAAGGUCAUGCGCGCGGCCGAGGCCGGCGCCUACGCGCCGCCGGCGCUCGCGCGCCGCCGAGGCGUCGUCCUCGACCUCCCGGGCGGCGGCCGCGGCGUCGCGCGCGUCGUGGCGCGGCUGCGGCGGCUCGGCGACCGGCGCGGCGCCCGGGCGGCCGUGAAGCCGGUCGGCGUCAGGCUCGACGCGGCCGGCGAGCUGACGGUGCGCGCGCGCGCGCCGGCGUGCGCCGUCCGGGCCUUCUUCCCCGAUUGCCCGGCGCCCGCCGGGUUGGCCAACGAGGCGGGCGCGGCGGCGCGCGUCCGCGUCGACGCCGGCAAGCUCGCGGCGGCGCUGGGCCUCGAGAAGCUGGACCCGCUCGCGCUCAGCUGCGAGAAGGCGAGCGGCGCGCUGCGCGUCGUCGCGACGCUGCGGGACGCGCUCGGCCUCGUCGUCGUCUACGUGCCCGCGCUCGUCGACGACGACGCCGACGACGCCGCCGACGGCGCCGUCGGCGACGACGGGCCGGGGGAGGAGUAGCUCGGACGUGCCCAGAGGGCGCACUAAGAUUUGUGUUGA